CCUGCUUGGCCAGACUUUCGCUUUCGCCGCCUCCACGCGCCACUCAGGUGGCCCCGCGAUCACCGUUUGCGCAGGGGUCCAAUUGACCGCACGCCCCAGACCUGGGUCCUGGAGCACCGCGUCCCCAAUGGCCGGCGACCCCUGGCGGAGGGAGGAAGGGAAGGUCCCCGGCGACAGCAGACCCACGGCGGAGGCCAGGGGUCCCCUGCGCCUCCGCGACUGGCUGGUGGCGCAGAUCGAGAGCGGGCGCUACGCGGGGUUGCGCUGGGAGGACGAGGGCAAGACUCUCUUCCGCAUCCCCUGGAAGCACGCAGCCAAGCAGGGUUACCAGGCGCAGCAGGACGCGGCGCUGUUCAGGGCCUGGGCCAUAUACAAGGGCAAGCACCUGGAGGGCACUGACAAGGAGGACCCCUCCACUUGGAAGACUCGGCUUCGAUGCGCUCUCAACAAGAGUGCCGACUUCUGCGAGGUGCGCGAGCGCAGCCAGCUGGACAUCUCCAACCCCUACAAGGUCUACCGGAUCUCAUCCGACGGUGCCCAUGGCCCAGUUGCCAGGGCUUGUUCUUCCUCUGCAGAGAAGGGCACUCCCCAGAGCCAGCGGGAGCCCCCUCGAGAAGUGACGGAGCCAGCCUGCAAGACAGACCUGGUUGGCUCCGGAUCCGCCACAGAGGAUGAAGACAAGGAGCAGCCCCUCAGGCUGGCCCAGCAGGGCUCAUCACCACCAGCUGCCCUGCUCCCAGGCCCUUUGGCUGAUCACAGAUACCAGGCACAGAUCCCCAUACACACCUGGAGUCCUGUGCCCUCUGAGGCCUUCAGCAACCCAGAUUGCUGGCUGCACGUGCGACUAUUCUACGGCGCGGAGCUGGUGCGUGAAGCCACCGCGCGCGCCGCGGAGGGCUGCCGACUGAGCCCGCGGGCAGCGGUCGCCUCUGCCGCCGAGCGCCUGCUGGGGCCGCCUCCGCGCAUCGCGCAGGUUCGUUUCCCGGAGCCGCCGCCCGGGGCCCGCGUGCUGCGGCGCCUGCUGCCGCACCUGGAGCGCGGCGUGCUGCUGUGGGUGGCGCCCGAGGGCGUGUUCGCCAAGCGCCUGUGCCAGGGCCGCGUGUACUGGCGCGGCCCGCUUGCCCCGCACCGCGAGCAGCCCAACAAACUGGAGCGCGAGCGCACCUGCCAGCUGCUCGACACGCGCCGCUUCCUCGCCGCCCCUACAGUCUCAGCGCCCGUAGAAUUGCGGGCCCACCUGCAGGAUGGUCGCCCGGAGCCUGAGUACCAGAUCCGACUGUGCUUUGGUGAGGAGUACCCAGGUCCCCCGGACCAGCCCCAGGAGCGGCUCAUCAUGGCCCACGUGGAGCCCGUCUUUGCCAGAGAGCUCCUGCUACACUCGAGGCACCACAGCCACAGAGCCCUGGCGGCUGGUCCCUAGCCCACAAAUCUCUGAUGGCAUCACUCCCUUGAUGACGCAGCGGAGUCAGCCCUAAGCAGCCACUUUCUCCUGUUGUACCCUCUAAAGACAGCCCCCCACAUGGCAUGGGCGCACCCCAGCUCUGCACAAACUGAGCCAGUGGACUUGGGGCCUCCCCCCACCCACUGCCCACAUGGGUUGGGAUCAGGGAAGCUGAUCGUGGCCUUCAACCUCUGAGCCGAGGAGAUGCAGCCCUGGAACGUGGUUCAUGGAUUGCCGGGCCGAAGCUGGGUCUGGGGAGUCAGGCAGAAACUGAACUCAGUCUUGAGAUUCCUGAAAUGGAAAUUAGGGCAGAAGAAACAAGACUUCAUCUGUUUAUUGAGAACCCAACAUGCCUACAGUGGUUUAUCUAAAGCAGAGCUUACCUGUGAUUAUAAGCUUUGCUUAAAACCGAAUUUACCAAUAAGUAGAUCCUCCGAGUUGUUUAGAGUGGGACCUCUGAGGGGCUCUGAGUUUCCUGGUCCUUCCUCCUACCUGCCACUUGGGGCGUCUGGUGCCCCAUCUCUCUCCUUUCUGAGUGUGUGUGGGCAGAGGAGAUCCCCCUAACAGAGGACUCCGCCUGAACCCGGGACUUGGGAUGCUAACCACUGAACCACCAGCACCGGUAGACACUUUCUUUGGAGAAACUGAGGCAGGCCCCCAAACAGAGCCCUAAGGCAGAAGCCAAAGUGGAGACCAGGAGUCCAGCCCCUCCCCAAGCCCCUUCAAACUCUGCAAACUGUACAUUGUAGGAAAUUCUAGAGGAUUGGGGGGGAGCCCCUCGGCCAUGAAGGCAGCUGACCCCGCCUUCUCAGUCAGUCACUGCUUUCCGCCCCAGAUGUCAGACCAUUUUCCCUUUUCUGGUUUCUGGCUUCUUAGGGCUCCUUUUACAGAUGGCAACACAAGACAUCUUUCUCAGUGAUACAUUAA